AAUCAAAGCCCAAAUUUCAUGGGUUGAAAUUCAUCUACUAAUCUAUUUUGAACUUUCAAUAUUAUAAAUUAUUUAUGUUAAACAUACUCAAAGAUUUCAUCACUCUAAAGGUUUAAAUUUUUAAUAGAUUUACUAAAGAUUAAAUAAUAUGUAACAUACUUAAUUAUAUUUUAAUUAAAAAUACCAUUUGAAAAUGACUAUUUACAACAUUUAUAUAUUUGAUCGAAUGGGUACAUUAUUAUAUCAUAAAAAUUGGAAUCGUCUCAAACUAUCUGGAAUGAGUAGUGAAGAAGUAAUUUUGAUAUUUUGAUCUUUUUUAUUAAAAAAUAAGUUUAUCUAUGACUUUACAGGAAGCCAAGUUGAUGUAUGGUAUGUUAUUCUCAAUCAAGUCAUUCGUUUCGAAAAUAUCUCCACUUGACCCUAAACGUGGGUUUUUGUGUUACAAGACUAGUAAAUAUGCAUUGCAUUAUUAUGAGUCUUUAACUGGUGUUAAAUUUAUUUUAAACACUGAUAAUACAAUAAAAAAUGUCAGAGAUUUAUUACAUCAAUUAUACAAAGAAGUAAGAACUGAUAAUUUCUCAAAUGAUUUUUAUAAAUAAGCAUUAUAGUUAUAAUUAUUUUGAGUAAUAUUUAUUUAUUUAAUAUUAUUGGUUAUUUUUUUUUAUUAAUUUGCCUAAUUUAGUAAAACACAAAGACCAUAUUAAAUGAAAUUAAAUAUUACUUGAAAGAAUUAUAAUAAACCUAAAAAUUAUACUUAUUAUUGUUUUAUUACCUUGGUAUAUUUUAAAUUUUUAUUUUUAUUUUAGAUAUAUGUGGAAUACGUUGUUAAAAACACUGAAUGUGAAAUGGGACAACCUAUUGAGAGUGAAUUAUUUAAACUAAAACUUGAUAUAUUUAUAAAACAACAUAUGAAAAGUUUGCAAUAA